CGACCACUCAACGGUGUUGAUCAUGAUGAAUAGCCGCAAGAGGUCAACGCCAGAUUAUCCACGUUCUCGCUCACCCUUUGGGAAGAGAAGAUCAUCAUCUCGACCCGGAAAUGAGAGUCGGGGCUCACCUCGCUUGAUUGUAGUCGCGGUUAAUACGACGCGCCCUACCCCACUGACGACCAGUUCUAGUAGCGAUAACGACUCAGAACGCCGCUUCCCAUCUUCUCGAGAUGGCGAUAGAUGUUCUUCGACUAUCGGAAUGUCACCGCGCGCCAUGGUCGAUCCCGCUCGACUCAACGACCAGAGUUCGAUGACCACCUCACUAAAUUCCAAUGUCGGUGGAAGGAACCAGAGGCUGCUCGACGAAGUAGCCGGGAUUUUACAUGAAAACGCGGAGCUUAAGAAAGAAAUACUUCAGCUGACGGCGCUUCAAGACGAAUUGAAUAACCAGCUGAAGCUUGAAGUACAUAAUCUUCAGAAUCAACUCCUCAUAAAUUCCGCGGAGAAUGCUGCGUUUGAGAGCGAAAUUGCGUUGCUGAAGGGGGAAAAUGAAGAGAUAUCGCGAAUAUUGGGAUCCUACUACUUGCAAACUGAUUCGGGAAGGGACGCCGUGCAUAGAGCUGAUCCGCUGGACUGCGCAGAUGUAAGACGCGACGGCUGGAAACUUCAACAUCCACAAAUCGGGACAUCCGAGCAAAACCAUCCACCGGCAGCUUCCCCUCAGCACUACGACGACGAUCCUCAAAACGUUCAGGACUUGGAGACCCGGGAUAUUGUGUGUAAACAUUUCUCUCUGUCUCGGGAACAACCGGUGACACCCUUGCAAACUGCGACCGAGCAAGACUUUCACUCUGCUGGAGCCUACAGCAUUCGUACUAUGGACAUCUGCUUUGGAGAGGAUGUAGAUAGGUUGGUUAGAGUCGGAAUAAGUGCCGAGAGCCCGUGGUGGACUGAAGCCUGGCCUCUAGCCCGGGGGCUCCCUUAUGUUCGUAAAGAAACGUAUAUCUGCUUCAAGGACCGCUUCCCUGCCAUCCACGAGGUUCUAGUCAAAAACUCUUCCUCGUCAAACCACCAUACCUUUGCUACGUUCAUCAAAAUGAUUCAAGAUUCGGCUCGUGAGGCUAGACGCCGAGAUACAUAUAAAAUGAAGAUACUAGUCCUUGAUCUCAUUUUGAACAGCCCACAAGGACCGGAUAGUGUUAAAAUUGUCCAAGUCGUUCCUCCCCUGUCGAAGACCGACAAGUCGGGGCGCGGGUAUCGACAUGCGACCAUUGCUGCUGUACUCGCCCCACGGGAAUCCAUCGCUGAUUUGUAUUUUGGAAAUAGUCUUCAGCAGGAGAGUAUGCUAGGCAAUUUGAUGAAUGGGAGAGUCAAGAUGACUUCGGAGUCACUUUUCGCGUUUUUAUACGACCUUUCGGAAUUUGAAGCUGCUUCACCGAUGCAAGGCCUAUUACGGGGGUACAUCCUUUUGAGGGCGUGGAAAUGUAUAUACGUCGGUCCCAAAGCCAGUCAGUCCGAUAAGCCGACAGGGUAUCCCAAAACCGGAUUCAUCGAUAAAUAUAAAGUAAAAACUGUUACGAUCAACCAGAUUGCAUAUGCCGCUGUUCACGUUUGCUUCAGCCUCUCGACGGAGGAAAGCUGGUCAAGAGCUCGUCGGGUUGGCGCGUUCGAUUUCGAUGUCAUAUAUCAGAAUAUCGUGAAGCUCCACCACGAGGCUCCGCAGGAAUGGAAGGAUGACUUGAUAGCGUUCUGGAAUCGGUAUUUUUUGCUCUUGCUUUUUGCGUGGAAGCAAGAAAUGAUACUUAGUAUUCAACCAUCCCAUUUGGUCUAGGGAGGUUCUCGGGGUUGAUGCUGCCAGCAAACCUCAGCAAAGCGCUACGUAGCCG